AUGGACCUGGAUACGGCGGCGACGAAGCGAGAAUCCGAGGCCGAGGCAGAUGAGCCACGGCGGAAGAAGGCGGCGGGGGCGACGAAGACGGUGAAGGUGGUGCCGUGGCUGAUGGAUUCGUUCGAGCAGGUGUUCGAUGAGGAUAGGCUGAAGCAUGCGGUGGCGAGGCUGAACCAGGCGAACCCCGGCGCGCCGCCGGUCGUGCCGGAGGAGCUCACCGAGGAGAGGCGGGCGGCGCUGUUGCAGGAAGAUACGGAGUGGAGGAGGAAGAACGGGGACAAGGAGCUCGCGCCGCGCGGAAAUACGUAG